UUGCAAUGGCUAUUAGGCUUCAAUUUGAGAAUUCAUGUGAAGUUGGAGUUUUUUCAAAGCUGACCAAUGCAUACUCUUUAGUUGCUAUUGGGGGUUCUGAAAACUUCUACAGCGUGUUUGAGGAUGCGUUACCUGAAAAUUUUCCAGUGAUCAAAACUUCCAUUGGAGGAACGAGGAUAAUUGGAAGACUCUGUGCUGGAAACAAAAAUGGGCUUCUUUUGCCUCACACUACUACAGAUCAAGAACUUUGGCACUUGAGGAACAGUCUCCCGGACAGAGUAGUGGUUCACCGUAUUGAAGAGCGGUUAUCUGCCCUUGGAAACUGCAUAGCAUGCAAUGAUGAUGUUUCUCUUGUACAUGUAGAUCUUGACAAGGAAACUGAAGAGAUGAUUGCUGAUGUUCUUGGUGUGGAAGUUUUCCGGCAUACAAUAGCAGAUAAUAUUCUUGUUGGAGGCUAUUGUACUUUCUCAAACUUGGGAGGCUUGGUACAUCCUCAUGCAUCUAUUGAAGAGAUGUAUGAGCUUGCACAUCUCCUUGAUAUUCCUUUGAUGGCAGGAACUGUGAACCGCGGUAGUGAAGUGAUAGCUGCUGGAAUGAUUGUCAACGACUGGGCAGCAUUUUGUGGAUCAGACACUACAGCAACAGAAGUGGCUGUUAUCGAGAACAUUUUCGAGUUGAGGGGGGCUCAACCCAGUGUUAAUGAGAUCAGGAAAUCUGUGAUCGACAUGUACGUUUGAGUUAUUUUGUAUACAUUCUGAGUUUUGUGUGUCAAUUGAUUAUAUGCACAGACU